GGUUGAAGCCAAGCUACGGCGAGCGGAGAGGACCAAUCCGCGUAAGAGCUCCUCCUCCUUCUCCAACGGGCCUGCCCCUCCACCCCGGCAGCGGUGCCCGGAUGUUCCCGUCUCCCUGUGCUGCUGCUGCUGCUACUGAUAGAGACGGUGAAGGAUCCAUAAUGGCUGCCCCGUCCUGAGAGCACCGAGAGGAGGUGUCACUGGUGACAGCAGCUGCAGCCGGCUUGGGAGACGACUCUACAUUUCUUUGUGACGGAGGCGGGCGAGAGCGAAGGAGGAGUGCACCCAGGACUUGGCGCCUGGAGAUGGCCCACCUGAAGAGGAGGAGGGAGCAGGCCUGGCCGGAGGAGGCGGGCGAUAGGGAACACGGACUGUACAGCUUGCACCGGAUGUUUGACAUUGUGGGGACGCACUUGACUCACAGAGACGUGCGCGUCCUUUCCUUUCUGUUUGUGGACGUUAUAGACGACUACGAGAGGGGGAUGAUACGUAGCGGCCGGGACUUCCUGCUGGCUCUGGAGAGGCAAGGCCGCUGCGAUGAGUCCAACUUCCGCCAAGUUCUGCAGCUACUGAGGAUCAUUACCCGCCACGACCUGCUUCCUUACGUAACGCUGAAGAGGAGGAGGGCUGUGUGCCCGGAUCUUGUAGACAAAUACCUCGAGGAGACCUCCAUUCACUACGUAACACCGCGGACGAACAGCAGUGCGGAGUCCGGCACAGAGCAGCCACGCACGGCUGUGUCGCCACACCACCCCGUGGUAUGCACUUCCCCCUCCGGAGCCCAGAUCUGCACGAAAAGGCCCGGCCGCGGGAGACCACCCCUCAGCAGUCAGAGGAAGAGGAGGAAAUCAAACACACCCGACCCUAAGGAGAAGCAGACGUGCGAUAUCCGCCUGCGGGUACGAGCAGAGUACUGCCAGCAUGAAACCGCCCUCCAAGGAAACGUCUUCUCCAACAAGCAGGACCCUUUAGAGAGACAGUUUGAACGCUUCAACCAGGCCAACACCAUCUUAAAAUCCAGGGACCUUGGUUCCAUUAUCUGCGACAUCAAGUUCUCCGAGCUCACCUACCUUGACGCCUUCUGGCGCGACUACAUCAACGGCUCGUUGCUGGAAGCUCUGAAAGGCGUCUUCAUCACAGACUCUCUAAAGCAGGCGGUGGGCCACGAGGCCAUCAAGUUACUCGUCAAUGUGGACGAGGAAGACUAUGAAAUCGGACGCCAGAAACUGCUUCGAAACUUAAUGUUGCAAACUGCGCUGUGACAUCACCUCCGACAAGUCGCGUUGGUUAAGCUUUUCCGACGCGGGACUGUUUAGCAAACCUGGCUCUGGACUCCCUCCCCGCCCUAUUCAGUUUUCAGUACUUUUUUUUUUCUUUUUUCCUUUUAUAUAUAUAUAAUUAAAAAGUAUGGGAAAAAAAUGAAAUAUAUAAAUCUAUAUAUGAGGUAAGCACUGUGUUGCUUUUGAGCCUGUAUGUUGAGGAGUAGACCGGCAAUCCAAGCUGUUAAUAUUCGCCUAUAUCAUAACAAGUAUAUAUAUAUUUAUGUACAUAUAUAGAUAUAUAUUUCUGUAAAUAUAUAUAUGUAUAUAUGUGUGUGUGAAUAUAUAUGACGCGAUCUCUCCCGACCCUAAGUGUUUAGGAAUUUCAGCAUCUGAGUAAUAAAUAGCAUUGUAUGCGCAAUUUUUUUUAUUUUUUCCUUUCCUCCUGGUACUUGUGUUUCGGAAGGUCCCCCGUCCUCUCCUUACUGGUCACAUGGCGUGGCCCCCAAAAAGCAUUUAAAUUAGACUGUGUAGUCCGUAUUUUUUGUUACAUGUCUUCUCAAAAGCAGCGCUCGGAUGUCCGACACAUUUUUCUUUUUUUUUUAAAUAAUAAAAAUGGAGUAAAUUUCCACCUGCGCCACUUGCGAGAACAAAGGUCAUGUGUGGCUGAUGGAUAUUCCCAAUGUGUCAUUUUUUAAUUUUAAUAUUAUUUUAGAGGGUUAAGAAAGUACUCCUGUGUAACAAGUAGCAAACGCAACCUUGCCUUAAUAUUUCGUAACCAUAAUCACCUCGUAUUAAAUUCUGCUGUGACUAGUAACGUGCGUUAUCUCGCCUCGGGGUUGUCGGAAAAAAUACUAUUUUAUAUUUUCAACGCUCGUCUCUCUGUGGGGUAUUUCAGUGAGCGCAAUACUGGCCACACAUGACCACUUCUUUUCUCCGUCUCGCAAGUGCAGGAUAAAGUUUGAUUUUCUUUUUUUGUUUUUAGGAGAGAGGAAAACCCAAGUUUACAUGAUCAGUGUCCGCAGCUGGCUUUAAGUCGUGACUUUAAAUGUUCUACAAUGUGUUUACUGGACUCUAAACAGGGGAGGGGGGGAAGGAUCGCCAUACUGUCCUCUUCCCAGCAUCCUUUGCAACUUUGGGCACUUAUAAAUGUCAAUUGGCAAUAGUUGUGAUGACUACGGGGCUUCUCUAGGACCCUGCAUAUUAACGAGGACCGGGAAGUGGAGAAGAUCUGAUUGUACGUUAUGUUCAGGAUCUGAGCAGACAAUAAACGUUGACCCUAUCGAUGGCGCAUUUUACGAGAGAACUUUAUUUUGAAUAGAUUGUCUAUGUAUGUGGUAUUGUCCGACCUCACGUCUGUAUGUCUUUGUCAGUGUUACACUUUCUAUCACUUUGAUUUGCCCUCUCGGCUGCUUCAUAACAGUAAAAAGAUUUUGUUCUUAAA